GAUCAUUAUAUGAGAAAAAGAAAAUUUCUGAGCCGUUAUUUCUUGGUGUUAUUUGAUCAUACGAUCUUAAUAGUUAAAUUUUUGCUUAAAAUUAUUUAAUUGUAACAACGAUAAUUAUGUAUCUGAUAUAUCGCUUUUUUACCAGUGUAAUUUUUGCAAUAAUAAAUGCGACUAUCAUGUUGUAUAUGUGUCAACGAUUUUAUCGAGUGAUGAGAGCACAUUAUCAAAUUAUGGCUGAAGCUGAGAAAUUCAAUUCGAUCGUUUCUGAAUCACGCAAGAGUCUCGAUUAUAUCAGCUUGAAAAUAUCUCAAGGAAUGGAUCAGAUGAAGGAGGACAUCGCCAGAGAAUUAUCUAUUACCGAUCAUUUAACGAAGCUUGGUUCGAAAAUAGGAUUGCUGCUGCAACGUUAUUUGGAGUUGGAGGAAGGAUUGAUCGAGUUGGUGCGAAUGAAUCACAACACUAAGAAUGCACGAAUCGAGACACCAGCUGAUAUCAACGAGGAAGUCAAGAAUAUCCUUGCAGCAACAAGGAAGAAACAAUCUCAACAACAGCAAUCCGAUCAUUCGCGAACGUCAAGGAAAUUGCGGAUCUCGACAAAUACUUCUAUAGGAUUAAAGGAACCACAUAAUCCAAUCACGAGUUCAAAGUUUCUCACGUCGCAGUCGUACGAUAUUACCGAUCUUUCGAACGUAACGAUGUCUGAGAAACAGGAAAGGCCACGUACGCCCAUUUAUCCGGAAGUGCAAUUGUUGAACGAUUCGAGACCAACAGAAACUUAUACAAAACCCAUUGGCUUCCGGCCGUCCUGGAAAUGCGAAACUUAAAGUCGCUAGAGUGACAGUAUACGAGUAGAGAGGACAAACCGCAUAAUACAUUUUAUAUGAUCUUUAAUCGAUCAAAUUUCGUCAAAGUGACGGUUUUAAAUUGUUUUAAUUUAGAAUUAAUCACGAAGAAACAUGCUUUGCACAUAAAGAUUGCGUGAGUAUUUUUUUAUGCCAUCGAGACUUUCUCAAAUUUAUUCUCUCCAAAAAGUAUCAUAUUCCAUUACUUUUACAUCUCUUAAACUCUUAGAAUCUGAGUAUUUAUUUUUGCGCAAUAUAAUUCCACAAUCCAUACAUUGAUUUAAGAAUUAGUAUAUACAAUUAAUUACACAGUAACAAUAUAUACACGCCGUACAUAUCAGAAUGUAAAUUAGUUAUA